AUGCGCAAGCAAGUCGACUUGAUGGUCUCGUUUCAACUGGGACUACCAAGCAACAUCUGUUUGAAGCACUGCGAUACCAAAUCCCCCAGCAACUUGACCGACUCGGAUUUUGAUGUCGACACCCAAGUACUCACCGCGCCUCGUUCGGAAACUGAGGCGACGGGGGUCCUCUGGUUUAUUGCCAAGGACCGGCAGAUGAGUAGUUUCAGCAGGGUCUGUAGAGAUGCCCUGUCCUUCCGUGGGAAACCAGAGGCUGAAAUUCUGCAGCUGGACCACGAGAUUCGACAAAUGCACACUGCUAUUCCCGCGGUGCUGCAAGCCCGGCCUCUGUCCGAUUCGAUUGCCGGUGCGCCUUUUCUAAUACUGACAAGAUCUAUCUCAAAAGCCGCUGUGUGCUGCACCCGUCUUCAGCGCUGCGUCUUGCGUCAAAGCCGGGAAAAGACUGGUCAGCCAAGCCAGUUCACCGAUGUAUACAACGAGUUCGGGGCCAGUGGCCGGCUUCAUCGGGAGGGCUGGAUGUUGACCAACUUCACGAUGAACGACUUCCUUCUGGGAGUGAUGGUCCUCUGUCUAGCGGUCCACACCCGUAAAAGGGAGCAUGCCGCUGUCGAUCUCGAUACGGAAAAUGAGACCCUGCCGCUGUUGAAACAAGCGCAGGCGAUUUGCGUGGAGAAGUCUCAUGCCUGCCGAGACGUGCAGCAUGUCUCGCGCGCAAUCCUGAUCAUUUUGAAUGAGCCAAGGGCGUCACCCGGGGAUCACCCUCGGUUUCUCUCCCCACUGCAGAUGCCACUCGCAUUUGAGAGCAAUGCAAUAUCAUCUGGACUAUUUGACCCGUUCAUCCUGGGAGAACUCGAGGAUCCAAAUUAUCCAAACUGGGCACAGUUUGAGUCGUUGUUGAGUCAAUCCAAUGGCUAA